ACGUUUCACCUCCUGCGACACAGCUUGUAACAGCCAUGCGCCAGUUGGCAGCGUUGUUGUGGUCGCUUGUCUCUUGUGUUGUAACUUAGCGACUUGUACUGAAUAGUUAAAGACCGUGAGGUGCUUUAACUGCUGAAUUUUGGAGUUAGCAAAGUGACAGAGGAGCGCAGGGCGGCGGUGAGUGCAGCGGCGGAGCCUCUUCCUGCCUCGGACUGACUGCCUGGCUGUGAGCGUGACAGGACCGGACGCCUGCCAUGUAGUUGAGGCAGAAGAAUGAGCAGUCAGCAGCAGCACACUCCAGCAGAAGGGACAGACGACUACACUGUCCAGCAGGAAAAUGAACUAGAAGCUCUUGCGUCUAUCUUUGGAGAUGAUUUCCACGAUCUGCGCAACAAGGAUCCGUGGAAGGUUAAAAGGCCUCCGCAGGUGCACCUCUGCCUGCGGCCCAAUGGGCUGAACAAUCGACAGGAAUGCUACGUGACUGUGGAAUUGGAGGUCAAAUGCUCGCCCACAUACCCAGACGUGCCUCCGGUGCUGGAGCUGAAUAAUGCCAAAGGUCUGUCAAAUGAAAACCUCCAGAACCUCCAGAGUGAACUCACCAAGCUGGCGGCAGCACGAUGUGGGGAGGUGAUGAUUUACGAGUUAGCAGACUAUAUCCAGGGCUUCCUGAGCGAGUACAACAAGCCUCCUCCAAGCUCCUUCCACGAGGAGAUGCUGAAGAACAUGCGGAGACAGGAGGAGAAACUUGCCCAGGUGGAGCAGCAGAAGAUGGACCAGCGGCGCCAGCAAGAGGAGGACAUGGAAAAAGAGAUCAUGGCUGUAAUCCAAAAAAGAGAGGAGGAGAAACGAGAGGAAAGGAGAAGAAAGGAGAUGGCCAAACAGGAGCGACUUGAGAGUAUGGAUCAGCCAGUCUGUGCUAACGCCUCCCCGUUAGGUAAGAGCCCACCCAGCCCCGGCGGAGCUCCUCCUGAACUAAUAGAAGCCAAGAGAGUGGCCGCUAACCGCCGCCGGACUACUUCGAAUUCACGCCACAGACGUGACACGGUUAAUGAAGACAACCCUCGCUCGCAAGAGCUUCUUCACUUCUACAGCAGCACUUUUGGAGAGCUUGUUGUCCACCGAGGAAAAGGCUUAGGUGUAAGCGAGAGGCUCGGGCGUAACGUUUAUUAUGGAUUCGAGGCAAACUCUGGAGAUUUCGCUGUAAUCUACGAAUGGUCUCUGCGCUGGAACAAUAAGAUGAGAACGUUUCUCACCAGCCAGGAGAAGGAAAUGCUUGAGAACUGCAAAAAGCAGAUUCACGGGGCAGAACAUGAGUUCAACUCCCUCCUGCGGCUGGAUCACCCAAACCUGGUGCGCUACAUGGCGCUGAGCUCCACUGAGAAGGAGGACUGCCUCGUGGUCAACCUGCUGGUGGAGCAUGUGGCCGGCGUCAAUUUGACCCAAAGCCUCGUCACCCACACCCCGGUCCCUUUGGACAAACUGUGCCAGUACACGGUCCAGCUGCUGGCAGCUCUCGACUACCUUCACUCCAACUCUGUGGUCCACAAACAGCUGGCGGCCUCCAGCGUGCUGAUCAACUCCGAGGGCAACGUUCAACUGACUGAUUACAGCUUGUCCAAGAGAUUUGCCGAUCUCUGCAAAGAAGACAUUUUUGAGCAAGCCCACGUGCGUUUCUCGGAGGAUACGGCGAUGCCGACGAAAACGGGCAAAAAAGGGGACGUGUGGAACUUGGGGCUGAUGCUGCUGGCGCUGAGUCAGGGGAAGGAGAUGCAGGAGUAUCCAGUGACAGUGCCAGCCGGCCUGCCUGCCGACUUCCAGGAUUUCCUCCAUAAGUGCCUGUGCCUGAAUGAUGCUGAACGCUGGACAACCCAGCAGCUUCUUGAACACGCCUUCCUCAAGCCUCCAUCGCCCAAAAACCUGCCACAGCACCAGGAUGCCAGCCCAGAAGAUCCCCUCGUGGACUUUCCAUCAUCAGUCAUCCCACAGAGACACAUCCUCAACGCUCCAUUCAGCACCGGGGUGCAGAGGCAGUUUUCUCGCUACUUCAAUGAGUUUGAAGAACUCCAGCUCCUUGGAAAGGGAGCGUUUGGAGCUGUGAUUAAGGUUCAGAAUAACCUGGACGGUUGCUACUACGCUGUGAAGCGCGUCCAGGUCAACCCCGCGAGUAAACAGUUCAGACGGAUCAAAGGCGAGGUGACGCUGCUCUCGCGCCUCAACCACGAGAAUAUCGUCCGCUACUACAAUGCGUGGAUCGAGCGGCACGAGACGCCCUCGGGAGGCUUGUUGAGCAACACCGACAGCUCCGAGCCUUGGAGCUCCAACGACAAGCAUCCCAAGCACAAAGAGCCUCCGCGGCUCAUCAACGAGCUGGGCCUCGCCGACAACGCGGAGGACGUCGCGCCGCCCCCGGCCCUGUCCAGCUCGGUGGAGUGGUCCACCACCAUAGAGAGAUCCUCCAGCGCCAAAUGUAGCAGGCACCAGUCGAGUGAUGAGGAGGAUGAUGAGGAGGACGACGAAGAAGAAGAUGAUGUGUUUGGUGCCUCUUUUUUGCCUUCAGACAGUGACUCAUGUAGCGACAUUAUCUUUGACAACGGCGACGGAAGCACAGACGAGAUGUCACAGGGUGAGCCAAGCCAAAGGCCGGUGAUAGAGACAGCGGAGAGCACGUACUCAGACCGACCCCUCCUUAUAGCACAUCACUUGUACAUACAAAUGGAAUACUGUGAAAAAAGCACUUUAAGGGACACAAUAGAUCACGGCCUGCACCAGGACCAGCAUCGGUUGUGGAGACUCUUCAGGGAGAUACUGGAUGGCCUUGCUUACAUCCACGAGCAGGGCAUGAUUCACAGGGACUUGAAACCUGUCAACAUCUUCCUCGACUCGCAGGACCACGUGAAGAUUGGGGACUUUGGCCUGGCGACAGACCAUCCUGCUAAUGUGGCUGCAGGCAAAUUUGAAGUGGAGGAAAGCAGCUCAGCAGUGAUGCCCAAACCAGACCCAACAGGUAACAUGACAGGCAUGGUUGGCACUGCGCUCUACGUUAGUCCGGAGGUUCAAGGAAACACCAAAGCCACCUACAACCAAAAAGUUGACCUGUUCAGCCUAGGCAUCAUCCUGUUUGAGAUGUCCUACCGGCCAAUGACCACCGGGUCCGAGCGCAUCUCUGUGCUGAGCGAGCUACGUGUGGAGCCCAUGAUCUUCCCCGAGGACUUUACUGCGUAUGAGCAAGGAACACAGAGGAAAGUGAUAGAGUGGCUGUUGAACCACGACCCGGCCCUGCGUCCCACCGCCCAGGAGCUGCUGAAGAGUGAACUGCUGCCUCCACCCCAGAUGGAGGAGUCUGAGCUGCACGAGGUGCUGCAGCACACCAUGGCCAAUAUCAACGGCAAGGCCUACCGCACCAUGGUGGGCCAGCUGUUCGCCCAGAACACCUCUCCGGUCAUGGAUUACACCUACGACAUAGACCUACACAAGGGCAGCUUCAGCUUCAACAGUGCCAAAUUGCAGCAGCAUGUUUAUGAAACAAUCACCAGGAUCUUCAAGAAGCAUGGUGCGGUGCGUCUCCAGACACCGCUGCUCCUCCCCAGAAAUAGGAAGUUGUACGAAGGCAGCGAGCCGGCCUGCUUCAUGGAUCACAGCGGAAUGCUGGUUACACUGCCCUUUGACCUUCGCAUGGCGUUUUCGAGAUUCGUCGCUCGCAAUAAUAUAACGCAUUUGAAGAGGUACAGCAUCGAGCGCGUGUUCCGCCCCAAGAAGUUGGAUCGCGCGCACCCAAGGGAGCUUCUGGAGUGUGCCUUCGACAUCAUCACACCCGUCACGAACAGCCUGCUCCCCGAUGCCGAGAUCAUUUAUACCAUCUCUGAAAUAGUCCAGGAAUUCCCCGUGCUUCAGGAAAGGAACUAUAACAUUUACCUGAACCACACCAGCUUGUUGAAGGCCAUCCUGCUCCACAGCGGAGUCCCUGAGGACAAAGUGAGCCAGGCCUCCACGAUACUGUGUGACGCCAUGAGCGAAAAGCUGACCAAACGUGAGGUGGAGGCAAAGUUCUGCAACUUUUCCCUGUCAACCAACAGUUUGCAGACGCUGUACAAGUACAUAGAACAGAAGGGAAAUCUGCAGGAUCUGGCGCCACUGCUGACAUCACUCACCAAACAGAAGACCGCCGUCACACAGCUGGCAAAGCAGGGCCUCAAGGACCUGGAGGAGCUCACAAUGCUGCUGCGGAGACUGGGAGUUAAACUGCAGGUGGUGGUUAACUUGGGCUUAGUAUACAAGGUGCAUCAUCACUCUGGGAUCAUCUUCCAGUUUGUGGCUUUCAUCAGGAAACGCAAGCGAACUGUGCCGGACAUAGUGGCAGCUGGAGGACGCUACGACCACCUGAUCCUCGGGCUGCGUGGGCCAGCUUCCACAGUGCCGGUGCCUUCAGCCGUGGGGGCCAGUGUGGCCCUGGACAAAGUCUGCGCUGCUAUAGCCAACAUGGAGGAGCCACCGUCGGUGAGCUCCUGCGAUGCGCUGGUGGUCCCAGUGGGACAUUCUUCAAUGUCCAGAGCCAUCAAUGUUGUCCAGAAGCUGUGGAGCACCGGCGUCUCUGCAGACAUCGCCUACGAUGUCUCACAGUCUCAAGAGACGCUGAUGGAUCACUGCAGGCUGGCCGGCAUCACCUGCAUGGCCCUGGUCUCUGACAAAGAGGGAAACUAUGUGAAAGUCAAAUCCUUUGAGAAGGACAGACAGUCUGAGAAACGGAUUUCAGAGUCGGACUUGGUGGACCACAUCAUUCAGAAAUGUCGGACCAAAUUCUUUGAAGAAAGAAACAUCAGAGAAAUCUCAGAAAGCAUGUCUCAGAACCCUAAAGGAUCACUGCUCAACACCACAGGCUCUUCAGAGCAGCAUGGGGGCAGCGGCAACAUGAAUGUGAACGUCAUCAGCCCGGACAAAGUUUCUUCCAGUGUUAGACGACGCUAUGAGACUCAGAUCCAAACCAGAUUACAGAAUCUCGGUAGCAAUUUGCAGAACAAGAGCAAUGACAUCGAGGUUCUGGCAGUGGACCUGCUGAAGGAAACGCUGGUUAACUUCCUGUCUCUCGAGUUUGAUAGCGAAGAGCAGUUCAACAGCAGCGUGAAGACUCUGCUGUCUCGUCUCCCCAAGCAGCGCUACCUGAAGUCCAUCUGUGAUGAGAUCCCAUUUAAAAUGACAAAAAAGGUGGCCGUGGUGGUAUUGUACAGCUACAAGGACGACUACUACAAGAUCCUUCUCUGAAAACCAAGAGGUCGCGCUCCCUGGCCUGCUUCGCUUCAGGCUCCCAGAGACCAUUUUCAUCUUUGGACCUACAGAACUCGUUUCAAGACUUGAGACUCAUCGCUUUCCUUUUUGGAAAGCGAGAGACCCAAAGACAGAUUUACCAUGUUGAAUGGUAAUUUAGCUAUUUGACCCAAAAUCCUUAACUUUCCAGUGUUUUUUGGUCUUUCUCUGACUAACGUGGACAAUUCACGUGACUUUAUUGCCUUUUAUAGAAAAAGAGCUUUUCACUGAAGAUUAUGUUUCAUGAAGGUAACAAUUUUACAUUUCUAAUUAGCAACAGGAUUGUAGGAAUAAAUCAUCUCUUCCCACA